GACUGUGAAAUUAAGAAAAAAAUAUGUUUUUCUAUUAAGCAAAACGUGCUUAUGUCAUGAUUCUUAAGACAAUUUAAAUCUUGAAAUUUUCCCACAGACGAGGAAAACCUGACAAUUUCCACCCCAGCUAAAAUGAUGACCUACUUCAUGUUCUUCAAUACUCGGUCAUCGCCUUUGCGGUCGGCGUCUUCUGCCUCCUCCUCUUCGACCCAUGCUUCCCACCCUUUCUCCUCUCAAUGUCGACCCAUUGCUCGAGCAUAAACUGGAUGAAUUUCGGUCCGGAAAUUCUCAUCAUCGUAUUCGAAACAUGGAUGGCCGCACAAGCCAUCUACUCCGGAUCCAUGUGGGGCUUCUACAUCCUCUUCGUUGGGAUUAUUUGUAUUCUAAAUUACCUACAAAUUCUCCGCAGCAAAAUGGAACAUGCAAAGAAAUUUCUGGAGCAUACACUAUGCAUUCAAUCGUACCGACAGGUGCACAUUUUGGAGAAAAUGUUGAAUGAUUUCCUCAUGACGAAAAUCUCCCCAGCCGUAGUCAUAUUCAUACCAGCGGUUCAAAUUGUAUCUCAAUUUGUGUCUGUAAUGAUGCAUGACAAAAUUGCGAUGCCGGGAUUUCUCAUAUUUCCGCUCUUCUUGGUGGACGGAUUUGUGGCUAAUGUGCUCGUCUUCACGUUGGCAUCAUGGGUCAAUUCCACGCCGCAUGACAUGCUGGUAAAAUAUGGUCGGAGGCUGGAUAAUAUCUCGGUGGGAGGUUCCUACUUGAGGAAGGAGGUGAAGGCACUGAAUUCGAUGAAGAUUAAGUUCUGGUCGAACUAUAUCGAUCGAGGAACGCCGCUGAUGAUUCAGAAUUUCUGCUUGGCUCAAACCAUGUCACUGAUUAUGAUAAGGUCAUCGAGUUAAGUAUGUGUUUGUAGAUGUACAUAUUCAUAAUUAGGUGGGUUGUGUAUGUGCCCAGUUGAAUGUACACUUUGGCGUAAAUUUACUGAUCCUUGUGUGUAAAUAUAUCAUAACUUGGACCUCACAAUUAAAAAUGCAGGGUGAUUUAUUUAACAGAAAUAUUCUCUUAGCGUUGCGUUCAACUUUGAAAAUAAAUAAUUAGUAUACAUAAGUGUAUUAUCCUUCUGUUUAUAAUUAAGGAUUUGUAAUUAAUUAAAUUUUUGAUUAAUCCUAAUCCUGAGUGUGAUACUGUACAAAAUAAUAACCGUAGACAUGCAUAAAUAAGUGUGUAUGUAAAUAUGUUUAUAAAUUUGCGCUUAAUUAAUGUUGUUUAAUUAAGUAUAAAGUUUCAAAUAUAGAUGAAAAAAUUUUCUGGUCUAUUGCUGAAUAUUAAACAAAACAGUUACACCCGUCACAAACAGUUUAUUUGACAAAGCAAGAUAUUAUUUUACAGAUGCGUUAAGCUGGGUACAUAAUUCGUGAUUCGUUGAUGAUUUGUUUUUACAAUAAGCGUACAUAUAUAAUAUACAUAUGUUCAUACAUAUAGUAUAUCCGUCCAUACUCGACAAUUUUAAAACAAUACACAAACUUUAUUCCGAUUUUCUGAUGGGUUUAUUUUGUAAUGAGGAUAUGUUAAUUUAUACGUUGUACAUAAUUACUUAUCAACCGUGAAAUCAUGACCACAAAUCAUGAAUCACGGACUAUGGAUCCAGCUUUAUUAUUUUCAUGCUGGUGACCAGAGCCUUAACUAUUGUCUUUUUAAAUCUUUGUUUUUAAAUCUUGUAAUGUUUAGUCAUUUUAAAACUAGCAGGUUUAGACUUUAUUGGUAAAUAUUAACCAUUUCAGAUGGUUUCCCUAUUCUCAGGGUAAUAAUUAAAAUCGGGUUCAAAACUUUUAAAAGAAAAGUAUGCAUUUUUUACGUGGUUAUAUAUGCUUUCACCUGACACAUAUAAUAAAAAUAAUUUCAUUACUAGUUGAGACCAUAUUUAAA